AUGUUCAACGUCAGUGCGACGCUUAACGUGUCCAGGCUCCUCUACAACCCCUCGUUAUGCCUUCCUCAUCUCACCUUGAAGUCGUUUGACCAGAUCACGCUUCCGUUCCCCAUUCCAAACCAUCCCCAGGCCACGAUUCGUGGUGUAGUGUUGGACAAGGACAACUGCUUUGCCAAAGAUCACGAUGACAAGGUGUGGCCUGCGUACGAAGAUACGUGGAAAAGACUUCAGGACUCGUUUCCCAAGGAACACCUUCUUAUUGUCAGCAAUUCUGCAGGUACCAACGACGACAAGGACUACCAACAAGCCCAGAAGUUGGAACGUGAUACUGGAGUGACGGUGCUCCGCCACCCCACAAAGAAGCCAGGAUGUUUCCAAGAGAUCCAGGACUACUUCGCCAACCACGGAAUCGCCUCCAACGAAAUCAUCGUCAUCGGAGACCGUCUUUUCACAGACAUGCUUAUGGCCAAUAUGAUGGGCUCAUGGGGCCUCUGGCUCAGCGAAGGAGUGGAAUUGUCGCCCAAAGUGUUUCCACGGAUGGAGAGGACGUUGUAUAGUCAAUUGGCUACACGAGCCAAUCCAUUUGUGCCACCUACGCCAAAGUAA